GGCGAAGGCAACAAGCUCAAGGAUAAUUUGGAGUUGGAGUAGUAGCAGUGGUCGAUAUUCAUCAAGCGUUGCUAGUUGGAAGAAUGGAAUCUCACCCAAAAUAGCAAGUGUUCCACAAUAGAGGAUCCAUAAGUUCUUCUUAACGUUGCCAGAAUGCACGGGUGCUGUUUGAGAGAAUGUCACAAAGACAGAGUGGUUUGUAGCAGGCCCCACGGUGAUGAAAGUAUGAAAUUGAUACGAGUCGUGCUGUAUCGAGAAGAGUAGGCGUAGCGACAAGUCGAUCCCCGCUAGCGGUAAGGCAUGUUAAUUUGUUGCAAACUUGCAACUCCUGAGAAUUGAGAACUUGAGACUAUUGAUUUUCUUGAGUGCGUGGUGGGGCCGCAGUGGUGACAGCCCCCUCAGUUUGGGUUUUGCAUAGUACUCCGUAGUUAUUUAGUCAAGUCUAUCAUUGAUUCAUUGUAUAUUUGUAGACGUACUCUUACACGUCAUUGACGUCAACAACAAUAAAAAGGAGCAUACAGGUGGGUGGAAAAAUAAGAAAGUUAAACCCCAUCUGAAUGAUCUGAGGGCCCCUCAGCACCGACAGACUGUUUAAGGUGGACGGGUAUAUGGUGUUUGGGGUAUUCACUAUUCAGUACUGCAGGAAGCAGGCCCAUUGCAGGUACACACCAAAAGACUGGAUCUUUAGCACUCUUGAGUCUUUUUAUUUUAAACUUAAUUUGUACGAGUAUCGUGCUUGCAUACCUUCACUUCAAUCAUUACUUCCUGGAUUUCUUUAUUCAAAGAUCAAAUCUUUUUUCUCAUUGACCACGGAUACAAAACAUAUACAUGUUGUACCCCUCUUGUUUUUGCAUGUAUUUGGAGAGGGAAAUUGAGAAGCCCCACCUUAUAUACUUUUAUUGUUUAUUUAUUUUAAAAAGUUAGGUUCGGCUUUAAAGUGGUGUUUAACUUUGCAGCAUCACGUGCUUUUCUUUUCAGACUCAUGGCCUGAUAAAAUUAUUACUAUAAGUCGUAGUAUAGCUCAAGAGGUUGAAUAGUAUGUCCCAUGUGUAAUUUCUUGGUGUAAAUGCCCAAUCGAGCACACAAAAAAGAGAGGAGUAAUGGCAGAGGGGUAUGAAGAUGAAGAGGUAUUUGGAGAGAGCCUAAGGGAAAAGCUUGGUGCUACAGCUAGAGAUAUCGAAUGGACCUAUGCAAUCUUUUGGUCCAUUUCUUCUUCCCAAACAGGGGUUCUGGAAUGGGGAGAUGGGUACUACAAUGGAGAUAUAAAGACCAGGAAAACGGUGCAGGCUACAGAAAUCAGUACUGAUCUGUUGGGAUUACAGAGGACUGAUCAAUUGAGAGAGCUUUAUGAGUCUCUGUUAGCGGGUGAAGCCAAGCCACAACCAAAGAUGCACUCUGUUGCAUUGUCACCGGAAGAUCUCACUGAUACGGAGUGGUAUUUUUUGGUUUGCAUGUCAUUCUCAUUCAUAUUCAACAUAGGCCAAGGGUUGCCUGGGAGGGCACUUGAGAAGAAGCAAAGUAUUUGGCUAUGCAAUGCAGACCAAGCAGACAGCAGAAUCUUUACCAGAUCAUUGCUUGCAAAGAGUGCAUCUAUUCAGACUGUUGUAUGCUUUCCACACUUGGGAGGUGUAAUUGAGCUGGGAACUACUGACUUUGUUCAAGAGGAUCUUGGCCUCAUUCAUCGCAUUAGAACUUCGUACCUGGACGGUCCUCACAUUAUCAUUUCCAAGGUUUUACCUAAUAUCAACCCUUUUUCUCCUCCUCCAGAAUGUGCCGACAACAAUGAUAUAGGUUCGUCUUACAAGCAUUCCAACGAUUCAUUUAUGGUUGAAGACAUCAAUGGGGAAGCGUCACAGCUACAAAACCGGAAGUUUGCAGAUGAUGAUGAUGAUGAUGUUAGCAAUUGCAUCUAUAAUCAUUCUGGGAACUCAAGCGAUUGUAUCUCCCAGAACUAUAUAAAUGGGCAUUCCGAACAACAACAACAACAACAAGGAAUAAUCGAUGUUCAUUAUCAAUCUGUUCUUUCAAAUGUGCUGCAGAAUUCUCACCAAUUCAUUCUCGGACCGAACUCCCGGAGUAGAAGUAGUGUUAGUGAUAGAUACUCAUCAAGCUUUGUUAAUUGGAAGAAGACAAGCUCAACUAAAACCAUAAGCGCUCCACCAGGACCACCACAAAGGAUCUUGAAGAAGAUUCUUCUUGAUGUUGCCAGAAUGCACGGAUGCUCCUUUAGAGAAUGUCACAGAGAGAAUGAGAUUAUUAGUGGACCCAGAGCUGAUUUAACUGGUAGGAGCCGUGCUGCGUUGGAGAGCAGGCGUAGAGAAAAGUUGAACGAGAGAUUCAUGAUUCUUGCAUCUUUGAUCCCUGCUACUUGCAAGGGUGACAAGAUAUCUAUACUUGAUGAGACAAUUGGAUAUCUGAAAGAACUUGAAAGAAGAUGUAGAGAGGUUGAAUCUCAAAAGGACUCAAGAACGAGAGGAGGAGUAUCUGAUGAUGGUGAUGAUGACAAUGAUGAUGAUAUGGAUAAAACAUAUGAUCAUAAGUGUGGCUCUAACAGAGCUGAUAAAGGCAACUCAUUGUCACAGAAGGGGAAGAACGAGGAUGAUAUGGAAAAAUGCCCACACGACAACUACAAUGGUUUUGCCAAGAAUGGUUUAGCUCACGGUGUUAAGAUUAGCGUAAAUGAAGAUAAUGUCAUGAUUGAGAUGAGGUGUGCUUGGAGUGAGGGAAUGCUGGUUAAAAUAAUCGAGGCGUUGAACCAUCUGCAUUUGGUUUGCCAUGAAAUACAAUCCUCCAACACCGAUGGGAUUCUUUAUGCGACUAUCAAAGCCAAGAUGGAGGAGUUGAAAGCCACAUCAACAGGUGUGAUUACACAGACACUAUUGGGACUAACCUGAUCACUUUUGUUCCGUUGCAUAAUGUCUAGAAUGUCUUCCUUUAAACUUCUGUUUGUACUGAAUGAUGUAUAUGCCAACUUAACCAUGUAUUAUUCUUAGUGAGUGAAUUGUUUCCUGUUUCCGUUUUUGCAACUUUGAGAGCCUCUUCUGGAAAAGAUUUUAAAAUAAAAAUAAUAACUCUAAAUAAAAAUUACUUUAAAU